AAAACAGCCCUCAAAAUGGCUAGACAGCUUUGCCGUGCCCAGGUGAUUCCUGGCACCCCGGCCUGCCUGGCUGCUGUGUGCUGACCCUCGCCUCUGCAUGGAGCCUGUUUGCUGAGGAGCAACUUUAGCAGGACUAGAUCCCUUUUAAGCGUGUUUGGAAGCCCCUCCCCAUGGGCGGGGCACCGACCUCUUCCACCAAAGAGACUGCAGCCUGUUACAUGCUGACAACUUGAUUUGCUGAAGCACCUGGGGAAGCGGGGUUGGUGUUGUUUUUUCUUUCUCCGUUUGGGUAGGAUCCAGAUUCCCCCGUGGUCCUUUGGGUGCCUGGACCAGCGCGAGGGGGGAGGUCUGUGGGCGCCUGGAGGCAAUGCAGUCAGACGACCUCUUCAUCCGCAAGACCCGAAGCCACUGGAACAGACCGCCUCUCACGUCCCUCUCUUUCGACACCUUCCGGGCCCCUAAGCCCCAGGCGGCUGAGGGCCCCCUUGCGGGGCAGUGCGGCCCUCCACUGAGGUCCCCGAGGCGUAGCUACCUCAUGCAUCGCAGCAACAGCGACGUGACGCUCAGCGAAGGGGAGCUGGUUCCUGCCCCUGCCGCUCCCGGCUCUCCCUUGCCCGCUGUGCCACCUGCCACUGGAGUUGGCCUUCAGCGCAUCAGCAGCAGCCCCAACACAUCCACAAAGUGCCCUGCACCUCCUCGGGCCCGGGCACACAGCCACGAAGAGCCACGGGCCGGAAGCCCCACGGCACGGCGCUUUCGUGACCCCCUACUUCUGCUGGGACUGGCGGCCAACGAAGUGUGGGAGACCGAGGCGGACGGUGCACCGGCCGGGGACCCUGCGCCUUCCGAGGCGCCUGUGCCAGUGUGGGGUCGCCACUUGGCCCACUAUGACGUCCAGAGCAUCCUCUUUGAGCCGGGCGAGGCCACCCGAGAGGCGGAGAAGCCUGGCAAUGUCACCACCGGGGCAUCAGCUGCGUCGGAACGGGAACGCUGCCAGGCAGACCCGGCGCCCCCCUUUGAGGGAGAGGGGAGCGAGGACAAGGAUGGGCCCCUGGUGCUCAGCUGCCCCAACUUCCGCAUGGAAGCCGGGGGCGAGGCCGAGUGGGGGAUCGGCCAGCACCGGGGCUCCCUUGCGGGGUUUCACUGCCCCAACAUGGCGGUCUCUGUGCUGGAGGAGCCCCGGGAGAGCUACGGGCAGAGGACCAGCCGGACAAGCCAUGCCAUUGAGUACGCUGACCUCGGAGCCUGCUAUUAUCGGAAGCAUUUCUACGGCAAGGAGCACCAGAAUUACUUUGGGGUGGACGAUAAGCUGGGCUCCGUGGCUGUGUCGCUGCGGCGUGAGGAGAAAGAGGGCAGUGCUGGGCCCCAGUACAAUUACCGUCUUAUAAUCCGCACAAGUCAGCUCCGGACUCUGCGAGGAUCUAUUCUGGAGGAUGUUCUUCCCCUUUCGGCCCGCCACACUGCCCCACGGGGCAUCCCUCCCAAGAAGUUGCUGGAACACGUCAUGCCAGAGCUCAACCUGCAGUGUCUCCGCCUGGCCUCUAGUUCCCCAAAGGUCCCAGAGACCUUGCUCAAGUUGGAUGAACAAGGGCUCAGCUUCCAGCGGAAAGUCGGGGUGCUGUACUGCCGGGCAGGGCAGGGCUCCGAGGAAGACAUGUACAACAACGAGGAAGCAGGGCCAACUUUCCAGGAAUUCCUGAACCUCUUGGGUGAGCGCAUCCGCCUGCUAGGCUUUGGCAAGUACCGUGCCCAGCUAGACAACAAGAAUGAUUCCACGGGGACCCACUCGCUCUAUACCACGUAUCAGGACUAUGAGAUCAUGUUUCACGUCUCCACCAUGCUACCCUACACCCCUAACAACCGCCAGCAGCUGCUGAGGAAGCGGCACAUUGGGAAUGACAUUGUGACCAUCGUCUUCCAGGAGCCUGGAGCACUCCCCUUCACUCCAAAGGUGUUCCGCUCACACUUUCAGCAUGUGUUCAUUGUGGUGAGGGCACAUGAAUCUUGCACAGAGCACACUACUUACAGCGUGGCUGUCAGCUGCACCAAGGACAUCCCACGCUUUGGUCCCUUCAUCCCAGCUGAGAACUUGUUUGCCAAGGGCCCAGCUUUCCGAGACCUGCUGCUCGCUAAGGCGAUCAACGCAGAAAAUGCGGCCGAGCGCUCAGGGAAGUUCCACGCCAUGGCAACGCGCACCCGCCAGGAGUACUUGCGAGAUCUGGCCCUCAACCACGCCACAACCAGCACAUUGGAAGCCUCCUCAUCGCGCUUGGCCCUCAUCGCUUUGGCUGCAAAGAAGCGUGAGAAGUCCAAGGCGCCAAAGGGGGCAGAGGCACACAGUGCGGGGGCUUUGGUGUGGGGCGUGUGGGCACGGGAUGGCAGUAGAGGACCUGAGAGCAAGACUCCUGAGCUGCGGUGCCUGCUGGGCAUCUCGGCUGAAUUUCUAGUCCUCAUUGAUGCCCGUGAGAAGAGGGUGGUUUUUAACUGUUCCUGCCGGGACAUCCUGGCUUGGACCUUCUCUGAAAGCUGCACUUUGGACCUCUACUAUGAGACAGGGGAUUACAUUUGCAUGCGUGUGGAUGAGGGUCAGGCCUCCGAUAUCCGUGACAUUGUCCACCGGCUGCAGCUGGUGACUCGGGGUUGCGAGACGCGGGAGCUGACCCUCUUGCGGAAUGGGGUUGGCCAGCUGGGCUUCCAGAUGGACCCCGAGGGCUUUGUGACGGAGGUGGAGCGCUUCACCUUUGCUGAGACGGCUGGUCUCCAGCCUGGGGCCCGCCUGGUCCGUGUCUGCGAGAGACCCUUGCCCAGCCUCAGCCAUGCCCAGACCUCUGAGCUUCUGCGCACUGCCAAGAAGGUCACCAUUACCGUUGUACCCCCAGAUGAGAAUGGAAAGGCCCGGAGAAGUUUCUCGGAGCUGUACCUAAAGUCUCUACAAGAGAAGAGGAGGAGUGAGCCACCAGCCAGCGAUGUGGAGUUGACCAGGCCGGGGAGCGAAGCAGGGUUCAAGCCUGCCACGCUCCAGAUGCUCCACUCGCUGUCCCUGCCUGACGGGCCCCCUCACAGCCUGGCGGAGGAGAGGACUGAGUUUCUGCGGAGUCAUAGUGACCGGACUCCCAAGCCUCCAGACCCGGUGCCACCUCAGGACAUCCCUGUCCUGCCAAAUCCCCCUCCGGAUCUCAUCCUGGCUGCCACGCCCAAGCCCUCUUCAGACCAGGACGCAGACCAUCCUGGAGAUGCCAUUGUGAACAAGAAAGAUCCCGUUGUGGGCCAGGCAGCCAAAGGCCCCGAAUCUCUGCCUCCUGAGGAAAAGACCUCUCCACACUUAGAGUCCAGAGAAACAGAUAAGUUCCUGCCGCGGACAAUUUCCCUGCGGAACUCCAUCACCAAAAUCCUCUCUGAAGCUGGAGAGUCCCUGGAGGAUGAGUGGGAGUCCAUUGCCAACUUGGCUUCUGCUUGCAACAGCAUCUUGGAGGCCCUUUCCAGGGAAGGGCAGCAUGUGCUGGAGAGCAGGGAAUCCCUGUGCACCACCGUCCAGAGGGGCACGGGCCAGCAGCAACCCAACGAGGAGUCCCAGUUUCCUCUCAGCCUUGCUGAUAAGGUCUUGCAUCUGGAAUCAACACUGAAGAAACUGCAGGAAGAUCUUCAGAAGGAGAAGGCUGAAAAGGCGGCAUUGCAGGCGGAAGUGCAGACCCUUCAAGAGAACACCCAGCGCUUGAAGGAAGCGUCAGAGACGGCAGCAGCUCAGCUCAGCCAGGUCACACAGAUGCUGGGCGGCCCCCCAACGCCUCCCCACUGCCCUUGAGGCCUUCUGACCUCACUCACACCUUUGGGGGCCGAGGAGGGGGUAGCUGGUGCUCUCACUCUUGACUCGGAGCACAACAGAGACUUUUGACAGGCUGU